ACGCACACACACACUCUUUACGCGCGCAUACACACACACACACACACACACACACACUGAGGGUGACUUGUAUAGGCAGCCAGCGUUGAGAGAGAGAGAGAGAGAGAGAGAGAGAGAGAGCGCUCUCAGAAACAGAAAGGUACACAGAGAAGAGAGUGGACGCCAGAAAGUGAGAGAAGGAGAAGCAGGACGGUGGCCCCUGAGCAUCUCCUGCGCACCUUUUCAUUCCUGCACGCUCACGGAUCUUAAAAGUCUACACUUUACUUCAUCUUCAUCGUGCUUGCUCCAGAAAGAGAUUAAAACUUUUGCAAAGAGGCUUUUGAACAUUUUUGGGAGUUGACAGAGACGCGAUUCCUGGAAGAGUUUUCCUUCAUUUUUCCCCCCAAACCACGUCUUUCCAUCCCUCGAGAAGUUUUAAAAAGUAAAGCCCUUGUUAGUUCCAGGGCUCGACUUCACUUUUUCCACGUGCCCCACGGUGUCCCAGCUUUUGACAUAAUUGUGUUACCUUGAGAUUUUUUGCUUGCCUUCAAGUUUGACACUUAAAAAACAACAACUUCAUUUUAAGUUACUGACCCACAAACGAGACCAAACAUGAGAUACCGAGCAUCCCCAGUCUUGUGUGAUUACCGUCCUAAAUGCUUGAAUCAUUAAAACAAAGUGAGUUUUAAUGGUUUUUAUUUUUUCCACUUUACAAGCUGAUGUGUGAUACUGAAGAUACGGGGAGCCGGGCAGCACAGCUCACCUGUAGCAUCUCCUCCGCUCAGUCGACACUCUGAUUUGCACUUUUUACGCAGAUGAACGCCACUUUGUGACUAUUUUAAGACAGAGACUCAAUCUAUCUGAAAAGGACUGCACACAGUUCAUUCAUUCUGAAAACACAACCGACUCUUGUCAAUUGCAGGGGGCUUUGGAGUGCGUAAAGGAGAGUUGCAUUUUACGCCAAAACUUUUAUCCAACUUUUAAAUCGCCCCGGGGAUCCAGAUCUACCAGAUUUCAUCACGAAUACAAAGUUUAAAGAAACUUCAGCGCAACUUUUACCAUUUUAAAAAAAAGUCAUCCUGAGCUCCAGAGAGGCAGCCAGACUCUCCAUCAUCAUGCUGUUCGACAGUUUCGACCUCGUUUCGGCUCUGGCCACUCUGGCCGCCUGCCUGGUGUCCAUGGCUCUGCUCCUCGCCGUCUCCCAGCAGCUGUGGCAGCUUAGAUGGACGGCCACGCGGGAUAAAAACUGCAAACUCCCCAUGCCUAAAGGAUCCAUGGGCUUCCCGUUCAUCGGCGAGACCUGCCACUGGCUAUUGCAGGGUUCAGGCUUCCACGCAUCGCGGAGGCAGAAGUACGGCAAUGUGUUCAAGACCCACCUGCUGGGCCGCCCUCUGAUCCGGGUGACUGGCGCAGAGAACGUGCGCAAGGUGCUGAUGGGGGAGCACACGCUGGUGACGGUGGACUGGCCGCAGAGCACCUCCACGCUGCUGGGACCCAACUCGCUGGCCAACAGCAUCGGAGACAUCCACCGCAAGAGGAGAAAGGUGUUUGCCAAAGUGUUCAGCCAUGAGGCCUUGGAGUCCUACCUCCCGAAAAUCCAGCAGGUCAUCCAGGAGAGCCUCCGAGUAUGGAGCUCCAACCCCGAGCCCAUCAACGUCUACAGGGAGAGCCAGAGGUUGUCCUUCACCAUGGCAGUGCGGGUGCUGCUGGGAUUUAGGGUGUCAGAGGAGGAGAUGAGACUUCUGUUUUCAACCUUCCAGGACUUUGUUGAUAACCUGUUCAGCCUUCCAAUAGACCUGCCGUUUAGUGGCUACAGGAAGGGUAUCCGCGCACGAGACACUCUGCAGAAAAGCAUAGAGAAAGCCAUCAGGGAGAAGCCGCUGUGCUCCCAGGGCAAGGAUUAUAGUGACGCGCUGGAUGUCCUGCUGGAGAGCGCUAAAGAGAAUGGCUCUGAGCUCACCAUGCAGGAACUUAAGGAGUCGACAAUCGAGCUGAUCUUUGCUGCCUUCGCCACGACAGCCAGCGCCAGCACCUCGCUCAUCAUGCAGCUCCUCCGCCACCCCGCUGUCCUGGAGCGCCUGAGGGAGGAGCUGAGAGCCAGGGGUCUUCUCCAUAAUGGCUGCCUCUGCCCUGAAGGAGAGCUGAGGUUGGACACCAUUGUGAGCCUCAAGUACCUGGACUGUGUCAUCAAAGAGGUCCUGAGACUCUUUUCGCCAGUCUCAGGGGCCUAUCGAACCGCCAUGCAGACCUUUGAACUUGACGGAGUCCAGAUUCCAAAGGGCUGGAGUGUGAUGUACAGCAUUCGGGACACUCACGACACCUCAUCUGUCUUCAAGGACGUGGAGGCCUUUGACCCUGACCGCUUCAGCCAGGAGCGGGGAGAAGACAAAGAGGGGCGCUUCAACUACCUGCCAUUCGGCGGUGGAGUCCGGUCCUGCCUGGGCAAGCAGCUCGCCAACCUCUUCCUUCGCAUCCUCGCUAUUGAGCUGGCAUGCACAAGCCGUUUUGAGCUGGCCAGCCGGCAGUUCCCUCGCGUGAUCACGGUACCUGUGGUCCACCCUGUCGACGGGCUGAAGGUCAAGUUCUACGGCUUGGACUCCAACCAGAACGAGAUCAUGGCCAAGUCGGAAGACCUGCUGGGAGCGACUGUUUGAAGGGCAGAGAGUUAACGAGUAGGGAGGGUGAGUGAUCGAAGAAGUCUUUAGGGAGAAGACUGAAGGAAGAAAAGAAAGAAUUUCACAGUUAUUUUUUCUUCUCCACCUUUGCUCUGCCAAGUUGGAGGUUCCUUUUCAGACUAAAAGAAAAGCGGAAGGCUUUGUCUUGUUACAACUGAUGAUGAUCGGGACUUUCCUCUGAUAAAGGAAGAAGCUGCCAAAAAAGUUCUUAAUCAUGCUCUAUAAUGGGUAUUUUUUAAAAGAAAUAUACAAACAAAAUGUAUGUACAAAAAAGCUAUGUAAUAUAAUUUGAAAGAGAAUGUGGGUAGUGCACAAUGGGAGAGAGAGAGGUAUGGUGGUACAUUUGGUGAAAUGAAGUGCUGAAAAGAAAAAGUAAAGAUGGUUGUGGAAGGAAGGUGAGAUGGAUGAAACAGGGUAUAGGAUGAGAGAAUAUAUUUUAGCAUUUUGCUUGUGCUUAAUCAGAUGCAGUGAAACAUUUCAGAUGUCAAGCAGGGUAAAAGAGACGGAUAUGUAGUCUGAAAGGUCUAGAUUUUCUGGUCAAAAUUGCUAGAUUUCGAGCAAGAAUUCAUCCAGAUUCAACUUGUGUUUUGUGCUUUUUGGAAAAAGAUUUGAAAGAAUGACAGAAAUCAGUAGUGGCUUUGUGUUUUCCAGCAAAGGUCCAUUGCAAUUCUAAUUGUUUACUAGCUUACAGAUGCAGUCAAGUGUAUAAUAGCACAUUGGGUAUCAGGUUGUGGCACAGAUAGAGUGCGUUGCUGAGCUUGUCAGAUUGGCUCUGUACCAUAAUGCAGUCCAUACUUUGACUUGCUUAAACUUGUACUUCUAAUUAGGGUCAAGUAUCAAUUCAGGCAGUGAAGGAAAGGGUUGCGCUUAGAAAUGAGGGAUAUAGUUGUGGUGGGGAAGAUUUACCGGCUGCAUAUUUUAAGGGGAGAAACACAACAUUUUGAAUUGAUGUAAAUGGGCAAUUUGUUAAGUUUUAUGUCCUCCUUUCCUGCUGUUUUUUUUCACAAUGCUGCCUCUUUUAUUUAAGAUCCCAUAUUGCUUCUUUUUAUGCGUUGUACAGUAGGAUAAACAUCAGUUAUCACAUGACAAACAUCAAGGGUAAGAAUUGCAGAGCUCAUUUUAAAAUUACAGUAAUGAAUAGAGGAACAAGGGAAUUUUUAGAUUAAGUAAAUGUUCCGGGUCUUUGUUGAGGAGGUAAAUCCUUGCUGGAAGAUCGAUGCCAUCAUUAUGGCUUUUACAUUCUCCAAACUUAAAAUCUGGAUAAAACCCUAAAAUGUCAAGACAAAUGCAAACUGCACUCAAUCUAAAAAAAAAGCAUUAAGAGGCUAUGCUAUCCUACAGUCUUAUUAUCUUUAUCUUCAGUGAAAACCUUGCAUUACCCUCUCUUCUUCAGUCUCUGCUACCCACAACUUGCCCAGCAUUAAAUCAAAAUGUUGCCCAUAUAUAUAAUCUUGGUGGUGUGUGAACUCAGGUGCAGAGUAGACAUUGUGGUGAAUAGCAAAUAAGCCUUUGCUUUUUGAUAUUUAACUCUGACCGCACAUAAAUAAUUAUGAUUUUUUUUUGAAAAGCUGUCAAUUAUUUUGCUUUCUGUCCAUGUAAACAAAAAUAUAUCAGGGGUUUCAAAUAGGGCUUACUCUCACUUGACGUAUUACCUUCUGCAACCAUUUUGUACCCCCCCCUAAGGAAGCAGUUUUGGUGGUGCAAGCAGGAUCAGCUAACAGGAAUUCGUAGUUGGCAUCUCACACGAAAAAGUAACCGAAUCAAGGUCAAACAGUAAUGAGGUCCAGGUCUGCUUUGUAAACUCUCUCAAACUGUGCUUUGAUACAUAAACUACACUUUCAAGUUGCAUUGAGAUUGUACUCUCUCAGACGGUGACUUUUAUCCCGCAACAAGGACAAUAUAAAGAACUUGUUCCGAAAAACUGCCACAACUUCCUGAGCUGGACGAGGAGAAAAGAUAGAGGGAUAAGGUGGAGAGGAGAAACCGACAUACAUGCUGCUUGAGUGUUGCAUUGUCAUUCCGUGUUUGUUUAUUUGUGUGCUUUUUUUUAUCCCCCCCCCCUCCUUGGGGCAGCCAUUUUGAGUUCUGUGGCGAAGUUCGACAUUCUGUCUUGCUGCUCCUCCAAUCAACGCUAAGAAUGCAAAACAAAAUAAAUUCCAUGGUUGAAGCAACUUUAUUAGCUAAAAGAGAUUUAUUGUUUGAGGUGAUUGCACAAUCAGAACUCUCAGAGCUUUGUGUGUUCCAUAAUUGGAAAAGAAGAUCUGUUUUUAUUGUUUCCCAUAUAUAUAUAUAUAUAUAUAUAUAUAUGGGAAAGCUUCUGCAACUGAACUCUGGGAAUUCGGAAACUUCGGAAAUCCUUUGAGAGAGAAGGACCACAAUGAGGCUUUUCUUAUUGGACGAUCCUGUUGUCCAAUAGCAUUCCAGAUGGAUUCUGCCUGUGCUAGACAUUGUUCACUCUUUCUACCAACCACACCACUGAUUUCUUCAUGAUAAAAAAUAUAAAAAUAUUAUUUUUUUGCUGCUUUUCUUGUGUAAAUUUUCUAAUUGAGAGUUCUAGAUUGCAAUAGUUUGUACUGAGUGAGAUUUGUUUUUUGCUUUUACUAUAUAUAUAUAUAUAUAUAUAUAUAUAUAAAUUGUGAAAGCAAAAACAGCAUUCAUAGGUUAUAGUGUAUAUUAAUUUGUACAAUAUUCCUUUCUUUAGCAAGCCAUUGGGAAAAUCAGCUAUUUACGUCUACUAAUAACCUAAUAUUAAUGUUAUUGUACAAUUAAUAUUGCUGUUAUAAGAUAUUUGAAAUGCUAUUUUUUAUUCUAUUACAGAUUUAGAGUCUUUAGCCUAAAUGAGAGGGUCUUUGGUAAAUAUUGGAUGUAUUUACAAUGUUAUGUAUUUCAGUUAUAUUGUAAACAGUGUUUAAAAUGUUAAUAUUGUUGAUUUGAUUACUGUAAUAAUUAUUAUUUGUUUUGUUAUUCAGACUUAUUAUCACUGCAUUUUAUUUGAUAUUAAUUAUGGAAAACAGAAAGCACUUGCGAGGUAUGUCUAUUUUUUAAGUGCCAUGCGACUACACUUCCCCUUCCUCUCACCUGUUGGUUUCUCUGAACCUGUCUUAAGUCAUUCUGUACAUAAUAUUUGAAUUUCUUUUUACAGGAAAAUAUUUCAUUUAGUUUAAAUAUGAAUGUCUUCUUCUACAUUUUUCCAUUCCCUUUUUGUUACCGUGAUUGUUAAAUGUACUCCUGUAAUAAAAUAUAAAGUAAAAGGAUA